CCCCCCCUCCAAAAUCCAAACGAGGAAGAAAACCUCUCAUCCUUAUCCUACACCAGCUCUCCCGCUUAUCCUACACCCGCACAAUGGGAAAAGGCGCCUCCUCCUCCUCCUCCAUCAACCCCACCAUCCUGAAGAACAUCCUGCUAUCGUACGCCUACGUGGCCAUCUGGAUCUUCCUCUCCUUCUCCGUGAUCGUGUACAACAAGUACAUCCUCGACCGUAAAAUGUACAACUGGCCCUUUCCCAUCUCCCUCACCAUGAUCCACAUGCUUUUCUGCUCGUCCCUUGCCUUCCUACUCGUCCAUGUCUUCCGCUUCGUCGACCUCCCUUCUUCCAUGACCCGCGAGGUCUACCUUAAUUCGGUGGUCCCCAUCGGAGCUCUCUACUCCCUCUCUCUCUGGCUUUCAAACUCCGCCUACAUUUACCUCUCCGUCUCCUUCAUCCAGAUGCUGAAAGCCCUAAUGCCCGUCGCCGUCUAUUCCAUCUCCGUUCUCUUCAGGAAGGAGUCCUUCAGAUCCGACACCAUGGCCAACAUGCUCUCCAUCUCCUUCGGCGUUGCAAUCGCUGCCUACGGCGAGGCCCGCUUCGAUUCUUGGGGCGUCGCCCUCCAACUUGGCGCUGUGGCUUUUGAGGCCACCCGGCUGGUGCUCAUUCAGAUCCUGCUCACCUCCAAGGGCAUUAGCCUCAACCCGAUCACAUCGCUGUACUAUGUUGCACCGUGCUGUUUGGUGUUCCUCUUCGUGCCGUGGGUGCUCGUCGAAUUUCCUGUUCUCAGGGAGACAUCGAGUUUCAGGUUUGAUUUUGUCGUCUUUGGGACAAACUCGUUGUGUGCGUUUGCGCUGAAUUUGGCAGUUUUUCUGUUGAUCGGGAAGACCUCGGCGCUCACAAUGAAUGUGGCUGGGGUUGUGAAGGAUUGGCUGUUGAUUGCAUUCUCGUGGUCGGUGAUCAGGGAUAUGGUCACGACAGUGAAUUUGGUCGGGUAUGGGCUUGCAUUCUUGGGGGUUGCGUAUUACAAUCACUCGAAGCUUCAGACAAUGAAGGCGAAGGAGGCUCAGAAGAAGAGCGCGCAGGCAGAUGAGGAGGAGGGCAGGUUGUUGUCGGAGGAGAGGGAAGGGGAGGGGAUUGGGAGGAAGAGCGAUUCACAGGCUUGAAAGAUGGCCGCACUUGAGGGAAAAAAAUAGUUCUUUGUUGGUUUAUUGUGGAGGAAAAUUGAGAUUCUGGAAAUGGGUUUUUGUGGAGGAAAAUUGAGAUUCUGGAGUUGGGUUUUUUGGGUGGAGGGAAAUGGGUUUUGCUCCUUUGAAUGGAUUUGGUGGUGCAUUUUCAAAUUCGAUGCGUUUCAAUGGUGGAUUGUGGAGGUGGGCACGUUUUAAGUUAUAUGUUUUUCUUUUUGUUUGCUAUUGUUCAUGUUAGUGAAUUCAGAGACUGAUCUGUGUAGUAAGUCUUCCUUUGAGGAAAUUUAAAUGGCUAUUUAUUUAUCUGUUAUAA